CUAAACCUUCGCAUCGCCUCCAUUUCUGCAACUUAGUCCCUCACGCCCUUCUCUCACUAGAAGCAGAUCACCGAGAGCGCUGUCGUCGAAGUUGAUCGAGCCGAAUCGUCAUGGCUGCCGCUGUAAUUGGGCAAUUACUGCCCGGAAUGGAAGAGCCGGUUGCGGCAGGUCAAAGUACUCCAGAAGUCGAGCAAGGCGGGGGAGCGACGGAGAUGGAAGAGCCGGAAAUGGGCGAUGGGGCGCCGCAGAUGGAGGGCGACGACGACAUCGACGAAGCCGCGGAGGGGGGGGAGGAAGAAAAGGACGACGAGGAAGAGGAUAACGAGGAGGAUGAUUCAGAAGUAGAGGAGGACGAGGAAGAAGAGGGGGACGAAGAGGAGGAGGAGGGCGGCGAGGAGGCGGGAGGCGGAGCAGGUGGCGCGCAGGAGGGCGGCGGCAUGUCGGCGGCGCAGCUAGCAGCGGCGGUGGAGCCGUCGGACUAUUCCUUCGACGAGGGCAACAUGCUCGUUAACGACUCGCGCCCCGUGUCUCUGCCGUUCGUCACGCCGCACCUCGAGCAGGCGGAGCAGCAGGUGCUGGAGUUGGCGCAGCAGGCGGUGCAGGCGCUAGCCGCGCGCCUGUUCGCGCUGCCCGCCACGCCGCACAAGAUGGGGCGCCUCGUGGACCUCCCCCCGCCCACCACUCCGCUGCCCAGAGAAAAGCCGCCCCCCCGUCCUCGUGGUCUCACCAAGUGGGAGCGGUUUGCCCGAGAGAAAGGCAUUCAGAAGCGCAAGAAGGGCAAGUUCGUGUUUGAGGAGACGUCGGGCGAGUGGAAGCCGCGGUACGGGUACAAGCGCGCCAACGACAUCAAGGACAUCCCCAUCCUCGAAGCCAAGGCCUCCGACGUGGCGGGCGAGGACCCCUUUGCGAAGCUCAAGGCGGAGAAGAAGGCGCGGGUCAAGGCCAACGAGCAGCGCCGCCUCGGCAACCUCAAGGCGUCCGCCAAGCAGCUGCGACCAGACGCGCUCAGCCACCUUGCGGUGUCGUCAGCAUCCCUGCCUCUGUCCGGCAAGCCAUCGGGUGGGCCGCGGGCGACCAAGGCGGCUGUGGGCACAGUGGCGUCGCUGGCGGCGGGCAGCACAGCCAGCGGAGGCAAGUUCGACCGGCGGCUGGAGGGCGAGAAGAGAGCCAAGAAAGUCGGCAAGCACAGAAAGUUCCUGCCGGUGGCAGCGCGCGGUGCGGAGGGUGAGCGCGAGGGCAAGAUGAUAACGUCGGUGGUGGACAGGGUGGUCAGCAGGCACGCCACUGACGUCAUCGAUGUCAACAAGGCGGUGUCAGUGUUGCAGGUGGGCGAGGAGAGGAAGCGCAGAGCGGCCAAGUGGAGCGGAGCAGCAGACAAGGGCAAGGGCAAGGGCAAGGGGGGCAAGGGAGGCAAGGGGGUGGGGGAUUUCGGAGGGGCAGGCAAGGGCAAGAGGAAGGGUGGGAACGAUGAGAAGGGGAAAAAGAAGGCCAAGAAGUAGCGGUGCGCUCCCCGGCUCCAUGCAGCAGUGGCAGCUGCUCAUAUCUGCUGUGCUGCCAUCAUGGUGCCGCCAGGCACUGAUCUUCACGUUCUCCCACCAUUUCUCACUGGCUCGCCUGGCUGUGUCUGAUGGCGCGUUUGGGACCCACCUAAGCUUCAUGUUGCAAUGGUAGUUUGGUGCCCCAUUUCAGCGCUGUAUGGCUGGUUGUACGCACAUGAGUACGAAGUAGACAGUGAAGAAAGCAUGCCUUUUGCCAUGCGCGGUUCAAGUGUGCAACACGACACAACAGAACACAACCAGCUGAUUGCAGCGUGACACCCUGCAGCACUCCCACUCACGUGUACCUGCCAGGGAGGUGCUACAUCACACUGAGGCGCCAGACCAGCAAUCAGGAGAUGUGCGAGUCCAGUGCACCCACUCACACCCUCUCUUGCAGUCUGGACUUGGGAGUGACCCUGAGCCUCUCACAAUGCACAGCAUUGCUGUUACCGUUAGCUCCAAUCCAGUCCAACAUUCCUGCCUCUGCAUGCGUCUGGCCUGGUUGGUGCAUGGACUGCUGCUGGAGCUGGGGUAUUCAAUCA